AUGUCAGCAGGGGAGGUAAUGAAGACCGAAGAACGGUUAAUUUUCCACACGUACCCUUUGUGUAAGCACAGUGAUAUGCCAGAAGAAAUAAAACAGGAAGCUAUAGAAAUGUGUGUAACUGCUACAGAAAAAUAUACAGACAAUUACGAAUCCGCGGCUCGAGCAAUUAAAGACGGUUUAGAUAAAAGAUUUGGAGGACCGUUUCAUGUAAUUGUGGGUGAAUCUUAUGCUUGUGCUGUUACAUAUCAAGCAAAAUCAUUAUUAUACAUGUAUAACGGCGGUAAUAUUGCUGUUCUCGUGUGGAGAACUGUUUCAAGUUUUUGA